UAGACCUUAAGUAAUUGUCUGUAGUCUAAAACUUUAAUCAAACAAUAAUACAGAAAAUUACCUGGCAAGCGGCAAUCUAAGCUAAUUGAUCAUUUUCCUUCGACUUUCUUGCAAAAUCAAAAUUACAAUUCAAUUCUCAGAAAUCAACCCAAAUUUCCUUCGAUUCCCCAGAACAAAUUUGAAAUUCUGUCAUCAAUUCGUCAAUGGCGUUUCCUGGAUCAAUUAAUCCACUCGAGGUUGGUUUGCGAUUGCUACUGAGUCCACCAGGUUCCAACAUUGUUGUUCGAACUGCAUGCUGCUCAGUGGGGGUAGUUUUGCCUGUUUAUAAUACUUUCAAAGCUAUUGAAAGGAAGGAUCCUGAUGAGCAGCAAAGGUGUCUUGUUUACUGGGCAGCUUAUGGCUCGUUUACUGUAGCUGAAAUGAUCACUGACAAGUUCAUCUAUUGGUUUCCCCUAUACUACCAUAUGAAGUUUGCUUUUCUUGUCUGGCUUCAACUUCCUUCAACCAAUGGAGCAACACAGCUGUACGAGAACCACCUGCGUCCUUUCCUAUUGAGACAUCAAGUUAAACUUGAUUACAUUGUGGGAAUUCUGUAUACUGAAAUGGCUAAAUUUGUGUCCAUGCACCAAGCAGAACUCAAAUUCGUAAGGAGAAUCCUUGCCAACAUUGUAGAAUCAGCAAGUCAGAUAUUUAGGGGAAGUCCGCGCUCUAACGGAGGUGGUGGUCCUGCUGCUAUUGAAGGUCCAGCUGAACAAGAACAACAUGAGAAUAUAGAUUUGGAGCAUGAAGAUUGAUUAUUACCCCAAUGUAUUGAUUUUUUUUUUUGAUUUUUUUUUUUUAAUAUUUUGCUGCUGAUCUUAUGCUAAAAGAAAGCGCGAAAUCAAGGAACUUAAUUAGGUUUAGCUUCAAAUCUAGCUUACUGCAGUUUUUGUAAAUAGGUGAUGUAUAGGACCAAUAGAGGUAAUAGAAUGUGUUGAAAACUUGAAAUUAUUUGUUCCAGUUUGUCAGAAAUUCAGAAUUAUUAUUGUGCA